UUAUUUCAUUAUAUUUUAUAUAGGUAGGGUGACUGUACCAACGAAUGAAUACACGAGCACUAUUCGAUCUUCAAAACUAGUCAUUUUUGGUAUUUCAGGUUAUUUGAAAUUAAUUUUACAUUAAUUGAAUAAUUAUAUUAUUUUUAUCACUAAUUAGUUAUGAAUGAAUUAUUAUGGACUAAUAAGUAAAACAAAUUAAUAUUUAAUAUACUGUGAUGUUUAUAUAUUUAGUUCAUAGUUGUGCUUGUGACCUACCUGUAUAAUAUUUUGAUAACAACUUCUGAUAAGAUUAAAGUAAAAAUAUUUUUUAUAUAGAACCGCUGGGUUAUGACAGAUUUUUUAAUUUAUAGUAAUCAUUUUCAGUCGUCUUCGUAAAUCAUACUGUUUCUGUAAUUAAUGAAAAAAAUUCCGAAAAAAAAAAAAAAGAAUAAUAUUAAUAAGCAUUCACUCAGAAAAAUUAAAGUGAAAUCGUUUUGUUGCCAACGUAAAUAAAACGUAGUAAACCACACAAUGUGAAGUAAUUUUAAGUUUCAAUCGGGUCCACAAUCAUAAUAACCUUAUUUGUUUUUUUGUAUUCAUUCACAUUAGACGAACUACAAUGUAUUUACAGUUGGGUGUUGUAUGAUUUUUUGUGAACCAGUUUUUGAAAUCGCAUUAUGCAACAGCAAUUGUUUCAAUGGUCAUAACAAAUGGACGAAAGGGUGAGCAUUCGCGAUAAUACAAAACCACUUAGGAAGUAUGGUAGCAUAAGUAACAAUACAAACUUCGUACGCAAUGAACACUAUAUCAAACAUGUAGUUACGGAAACAGACACAUUACAAGGACUUGCACUUAAAUACAGCGUGACGGUAAAUUUAUUUGAUACUUAAAAUUAUUUAUUUUGCUUAUUUACAUAAUUAAUUUUAAUAUUAUAUAUGUAGACCGAACAAAUACGAAAUGCCAACAGAUUGUUUACAAAUGAUAGUUUGUUCUUGAGAGAGCAUCUAUACAUACCUACUUGUGAUAUUAAUGGCAUUAGUACAAGUAAUUUCCAAAAUAAUAAACAGACUAGACCGUCAAAUAUAUCACCAAUUGAGGAACACAGUAUUGAUGACUGUAAUCAUUUUCUAAAUAAAAUAGAUAAUAAAAUUGCUAGUACAAGAGCUCAAGUUUUAGAUAGUCAAGAUAGAAGUGUGUAAGUUAUUUCACAAUAUUUUGGUUAAUAUUAAAUUUAAAAACAAUUACUUAUAUAAACCUAUAUAUGUUUGAACUUGAAUUAUAAUCAUGCAUUUUCUCUAUCAGUUUUAUUUACUCAAUAUACCUAAGGUUUUUUAUAUUUUUAAUAGGACAAGUCUACUGUAGCAAACUUCUUUUUUUUUUAAUAUUUCCCAAAAUAUGAGUUUGUUUGCUGAAUCCAAAAAUUUUAACAUUUUUUUUGUAAACUUAUUAAUAAAGUGAUGGUAAACAAACUUUAAAAACUUCAAAUUUUUAGAAUUUUAUUUUUAUUUUUUUUUGUACUGAAGAAGAUGGUGCAAUUAGAAUUUUUUAGAAAGUAAUAUUUUAAAAGUUUAAUUGCUCGCUAUGAUGUUAUUUGUUCCACCUAUUAUGUUAUUAUAUAUAAUUGCAUGUCUAUAGUUUUAAAAUGUUAUUACUUCUAUAAUAAUAAUUUUCAAAAAAAAUUUAAUUGCACCAGAAUCUUCAAAAAUUUAAAAAUUUAAAUUUUAAAAAAUAAGGACUUAUAAAUUCUACAUUUUUUUGUCAAACCUACAUUAAUAAUGGUCUGCAAUGAAAUUUAACAAUUUUUGAAUUCAGUAUACAAAAACAUAUAAUUUUGAAGAGGAGAAGGGUGUCCGGUAAUCUAGACAUAUCUUUUUAAAUUUUAAUAUCAAAAAUAACAAUAAAUUAUUUUAUCUAAAAAUUAUUCUUAAAAAAGCUAGCAUUAAUUAUUCUCACUUUAACUUAAUAUUAAACUAACUAAAAUUCUGUGUGCGCAAUUUUUUUCAACAUAUUUUGUUUGUAGUUUUUCAUGUAUUUAUAAAAAUAGGAAACUAGUUGGAAUAUUAUAUAAUAUACCUAUUAUAUAUUAUUAAAAAUAUUAUCUUUAUUGAUAUGUCAAUACCACAGUUAUCUACCAUAGAUAACCGUGGUCAAUACUAAUAAAAUUGUUUCAUAUACCAUUUCAGUAUUAGUAAAUAUUAUUUCUCUUCAUUGUUUUUUGAUAAAUAAUAAUUAAUGCAAUGUAUUAAUAAAUGAUACAUUUGAUUGAUAAACCUAUUAACUUGUACGUUCAAAUUGCUGCUUAUUAUUUAGUCAGUUUUACUAGAGCAUAAACUAGAGCAUUAUGAUAUUAAUAAUUUCAUUGUAAUAUAUUACUUGUUUAUGACAUUUUAUUACAAAUUGUAUCUUGACUUCAAGAACAUAAUAAUAUAUUAAAUUAAUUUUUUGUUUAUUAAGAUACUGUCCUGAAGAACAGGUUUUAUUUACACGUCAACGUCUAUCAACUCGUCGAAUACAGGGUCCUUCACUAGGUUCAGAUGAUAUUCCAAUUAUUGUGACUCAGAACAAAAAACUUAUGAGUUCACGACAACGACUGGAACAUGAAGAAGAAGAAAUGUUUUCACUGUGAUAAAUAAUAUUUACCUAGCCAAUUAUGUUUAAGUAUGUAUUUUAUAGUGAUUACUGAUUACCUAUCUUAAAAUAUUUUAGUUUAUAAAUGUACGAUAUUGAUUUAUUAAUAAGAUCCAACUACAUUGUUUCUAGAAAACUAAUAUAAUUAAUACUCGAUGUAGGGUAACUUGUGGUUUAGUUAAUUUGUAUAUUUUAAAGUACAUUUAUUUUUGUCUCUCUAUAUUAUGUAACAAAAUGUACUGUUAUUUGGUUUUGUUUAAAUAUUUUUGAUCAAUAAAUGUUUCCUGUUAUUUU